CGAGCUGAACACUCUCUCUCAACAAAAGUCAAACACACAUCAAACAGACUCUCUCCAUCUCUUCUCCACUUUUCAAUCUACCCCAACAAAUCCCCCUCCACCCCCAUCACGGCGAUCCUCUCCAUUUGAUCUUCUCCUACUUAGACCACCAACGCCGUUUCUAAGCCCCCCAUGGCUCUCUUCUCCGCCCUGCUUGACCGGAUCCUCUCGCGGUGGCCGUUCCUCCUCUACGCCGCAGCGUGGACGGCUCUCCUGACCGCGACUGUCGCCGUGGCCUCGUUCUCGACCGAGGUGGCCUUCGUGUCAGCCGUUUCGCCGUCGUCCUCGUUCACGAGGGAGUGCGGCGGGCACAACCCAGAGGGCAUGGUGAGGGUGCCGGUGGACCUGCCGGGGGCGGUGGUGUGCUUGCCGGCACACCUGUUCUCGAGGUCGAGGGUCGACAUGGCAGUGCCGCCGGUGUUCGCGGCGAUGGUCGUCGCUGGGUCGGUAUUCGUGGUUAGGGCUUUGGCUUUGGGCGAGGAGGAUGAGGCCCGUUCGAUUUGAUGGUCGUCGCCGCUGGGCCAAGUGUCGAUUCGACUCCGGUUACACUUGUUUCGAAUAUUCUUAGGAUCAUCUCUUCAGCAACAACCUUCCUAUGCAUUUUUCUCUGUAGUCUUUUUCUUUCUCUGUAUCUUUCUCUUGGACAGUAAUUUCCUUAGGCAGAAGCUGAAAAAAGAUUUAAACAGUAAUGCUCCUAAAAAAAAAGAU